AUGGUGCGCCUGGCGGCGGAGCUGCUGCUGCUGCUGGGGCUGCUGCUGCUCACGCUGCACAUCACGGUGCUGCGCGGUUCGGGAGCCGCGGAAGGGCCGGACGCGGCCGCGGGCAACGCCAGCCGGACCCAGCUGCAGAAUAACCUCCACAUGGAAAGUGACUCUGCAUCAGAAACUAGCUUUCCUUUCUCCAAAGAAGCAGCCGGGGAACAUCUGGACCACCAGGCUGCACACCAACCCUUCCCCAGACAGCGAUUCCGGCAAGAGCCUGGGCACCCUUCACUGCAAAGAGAUGGCCCCAGAUCCUUUCUCCUUGAUCUCCCAAACUUUCCAGAUCUUUCCAAAGCUGACAUCAAUGGGCAGAAUCCAAAUAUCCAGGUCACCAUAGAGGUGGUGGACGGUCCUGACUCUGAAGCAGAUAAAGAUCAGCAUCCAGAGAAUAAGCCCAGCUGGUCAGUCCCAUCCCCCGACUGGAGGGCCUGGUGGCAGAGGUCCUUGUCCUUGACGAGGGCCAACAGCGGGGACCAAGACUAUAAGUACGAGAGUACCUCAGAUGACAGCAACUUCCUCAACCCCCCCAGGGGGUGGGACCGUCCAGCCCCAGGCCACCGGACUUUUGAAACCAAAGAGCAGCCAGAAUAUGAUUCCACAGAUGGCGAGGGCGACUGGAGUCUCUGGUCUGUCUGCAGUGUCACCUGUGGGAACGGCAACCAGAAACGGACCAGGUCUUGUGGCUACGCAUGUACCGCGACAGAAUCUAGGACAUGUGACCGUCCAAACUGCCCAGGAAUUGAAGACACCUUCAGGACAGCCGCCACCGAAGUGAGUCUGCUGGCAGGAAGCGAGGAGUUUAAUGCCACCAAACUGUUUGAAGUCGACACCGACAGCUGCGAGCGUUGGAUGGGCUGCAAAAGUGAGUUCUUAAAGAAGUACAUGCACAAGGUCAUCAACGACCUGCCCAGCUGCCCCUGCUCCUACCCCACCGAGGUGGCCUACAGCACGGCGGACAUCUUCGACCGCAUCAAGCGCAAGGACUUCCGUUGGAAGGACGCCAGUGGGCCCAAGGAGAAGCUGGAGAUCUACAAGCCCACGGCCCGGUACUGCAUUCGCUCCAUGCUGUCCCUGGAGAGUACCACGCUGGCCGCCCAGCACUGUUGCUAUGGCGACAACAUGCAGCUCAUCACCAGGGGCAAAGGGGCGGGGACCCCCAACCUCAUCAGCACCGAGUUCUCAGCCGAGCUCCACUACAAGGUGGACGUCCUCCCCUGGAUUAUCUGCAAGGGUGACUGGAGCAGGUACAACGAGGCCCGGCCUCCCAACAACGGACAGAAGUGCACCGAGAGUCCCUCAGACGAAGAUUACAUCAAGCAGUUCCAAGAGGCCAGGGAGUACUAAGGAGAUGUCCCCUCCGGUAUUUGUGACACAAAACGCAGUGCGCGGAUCUGCCGCCGGGGCAGGGCAGGGCCGGGCUUAUCCACA